AUGAUUUCAUUUUAUUUAGCUCAAACAGACGCUCCGCAAUCACAGUUAAAAGUGCCUUUAAAUCCCAAGCGAGUUUAUAAGGUAACUUCUUACCUCCUCACUUGUCUAUACGAAAAUUUGACGGGUUCCUUUAUCCCGUCAAUACUUCAAUAUGGAUGGCACAAGUUGUCAAGUGAAAGAAAGAGAACAUCAGUAAGGAAAAAUAUUCGUUACGGUCCUAGACCUCGAAAUCGUUUGGACAUUUAUGUUCCUGAUCGCGUCUUGACUAGGAAUAAUAAUAGAAAUAAUGAUAACAUGGGACAGCCCGCGUUAUCCUCUAAUUCUACACCUAAUCCAAACCAACAACAAAAUGAUACUGCUGUUAUCAUAUUUAUUGGAACAUCAUGGAAUUCUGGAAACAGAGCGACUUGUAUGCCAGUAGCCCAAAGUCUUCAAAGUCAGGGAUACAUUGUGAUCGUUCCUGAUUUAACCCUAUAUCCGAACGGGAGGAUUGCUGAGAUGGUCGCAGAUGUUCAACAGUGUAUUUAUUGGACACAUACUCAUAUCAGUUCAUUUCGAGGCGAUCCCUCUCAAAUUUACCUUAUGGGCCAUGACGCUGGUUCGCUUUUAUCAGCGUUAACCGUCAUUCACGACGCCUGUGCCACGUUAAACGUUCUUCCUUCUAAUAACACCAACGUAAAUAUUCCUGUAUGGGAUAACGUUAGAAGGACUGGAUUACCAAGAGUCCAAGGACUAAUCUUAUUUUCGGGGGUAUACGAUAUAACUUAUUAUUACGCGUAUUUAUAUCAAAAAGGCCUUGAACAAGUUCACGCCUUACCAAGAGUUAUGGGCAAUAGACCCGAUGCUUUUCUUCAAUGCUCACCAACAUAUUUGUUAAGCCAUGCACUCGAACGUGUUCAAAAUCACGACCAAUUAAAAGCGUUAUUACCACGUAAAGUCGUAUUAUUUCAUGGAGAACAGCAGGAUACUUUUAAUCCAUCAAUAACGGCUUUCAAAUUCUUACUUGAGUCUGCGGGAAUUCCAUCAGUACAACAUAAAAUUAAAAAUGUUAAAUAUAUCAGUCCAAAAUUUGAUCUUAUUGUUCCAACCAAACCUUUAUGCGUAGAGUUAUUAAAAGAUAUUAAAGAAUGUU